GCCGGCGCUAUUAAUUUGUAUUAUCCAAGAUGGAGGAUCGCUCGUGGUCCCUAGCCUAGCAGAACAGCGGUCUUUUCCGUCCGUGUCACAUCCUUCUUGAAGCAAAAGGGGCGGACAUAUUCCAUACACCGUCUGAGCUGGAACAGCCAAACUUUUACAUUUGGAUAUUUGCUUCGCGGCUUCCACAGACAUGAGCUCGGGGGAAGGAGCCGAGGAGACGGCUAAGGACGCGGCCGACAUAGCGGCGUUCUUCAAAUCUGAUUGCUCCCUUCCAAAAUGUGAACCCAAAAGCGAUGUGUCCAGUCACAUAUCAGGAUUUCGUAGGAAUGAAGAGAUGAAGGCGAUGGAGGUUUUGCCCAUUCUCAAGGAAAAAGUGGCCUUUUUAUCAGGUGGCAGAGACAAACGCGGUGGACCAGUCUUAACAUUCCCCUCACGUACCAACCAUGACCGAAUACGACAGGAGGACCUGCGCAGACUCAUCGCCUAUCUCGCUGGCAUCCCCAGCGAGGAUGUGUGUAAACAUGGCUUCACAGUCAUUGUGGACAUGCGAGGCUCAAAGUGGGACUCCAUCAAGCCUUUGCUGAAGAUCCUGCAGGAGUCAUUCCCCUGCUGCAUCCACGUCGCCCUCAUCAUUAAACCAGACAACUUCUGGCAGAAGCAGAGGACUAACUUUGGCAGCUCUAAGUUCGAGUUUGAGACCACCAUGGUGUCCCUGGAGGGCUUGUCCAAGGUGGUGGACCCGUCCCAGCUGACACCCGACUUUGAGGGCAGCCUGGACUACAAUCAUGAGGAGUGGAUUGAGAUCCGUGUGGCCUUUGAAGACUUCACAGGCAACGCACGGCACCUGCUGGCCCGGCUGGAGGAGAUGCAGGACACAGUCACACGUAAAGACUUCCCGCAGGACCUGGAAGGGGCACGACGUAUGAUUGAGGAACAUGCUGCAUUGAAAAAGAAGGUGAUGAAAGCUCCAGUGGAAGAGGUAGACUCAGAGGGCCAGCGGCUACUGCAGCGCAUCCAAAGCAGCGAAAGCUAUGCUAACCGCACAGUGCCCGUGGGUCCCGGGCAGAGGGACGGUCAGAGCCAGCCCAACGCAGACACACAGGGUCUGUUGCCACGCAUCUCCGCCUUGCUGGAGCAGCUGCACAGCACAAGGCAGAACCUGCACCAGGCCUGGCACGUCCGCAAGCUACAGCUUGACCAGUGCUUCCAGCUCAGGCUCUUCGAGCAAGAUGCAGAGAAGAUGUUUGACUGGAUCAUGCACAACAAAGGCCUGUUUCUGGCAGGCUACACUGAGAUUGGCAACAAUCACUCCCAUGCCAUGGAGCUCCAGACCCAGCACAACCACUUUGCCAUGAACUGCAUGAAUGUGUAUGUGAACAUUAACCGCAUCAUGUCUGUUGGGAACCGGCUGCUGGAGGCCGGCCACUACGCAUCCCAGCAGAUCAAGCAGAUCUCAGGCCAGCUGGAGCAGGAGUGGAAGGCCUUUGCCGCUGCUCUGGACGAGAGGAGCACAUUGCUGGAGAUGUCUGCUACCUUCCACCAGAAAUGUGACCAGUACAUGAGUAACGUGGACUCGUGGUGUAAGGCGUGUGGAGAGGUGGAUUUGCCCUCUGAGCUCCAGGAUCUAGAAGACGCCAUCCACCAUCACCAGGGCCUGUAUGAACAUAUCACAACUGCCUACUCCGAGGUGAGUCAAGAUGGCAAGGCCUUAUUGGACAAACUUCAGCGGCCUCUGACGCCUGGCAGCGCUGAUUCGCUGACGGCCUCUGCCAAUUACUCCAAGGCCGUACACCACGUACUGGACAUCAUCCAUGAGGUCCUUCAUCACCAGAGACAACUGGAGAACAUCUGGCAACAUCGAAAGCUCCGUCUGCACCAACGUCUGCAACUGUGUGUGUUUCAGCAGGACGUCCAACAGGUGCUUGACUGGAUUGAAAACCAUGGUGAGGCGUUUCUCAGUAAGCACACAGGAGUGGGGAAGUCUCUCCAUCGUGCCAGAGCCCUGCAGAAACGGCAUGAAGACUUUGAAGAAGUGGCUCAGAACACAUACACCAACGCUGAUAAGCUGCUGGAGGCAGCGGAGCAGUUGGCUCAGACAGGCGAGUGUGACCCGGAGGAGAUCUACCAGGCCGCCCACCAGCUGGAGGACCGAGUCCAGGACUUUGUGAGACGUGUGGAGCAGCGCAAAGUCCUUCUGGACAUGUCCGUGGCCUUCCACACUCACGUUAAAGAGCUGUGGACAUGGCUGGAGGAGCUGCAGAAGGAGUUGUUGGAUGAUGUGUAUGCAGAGUCAGUGGAGGCAGUGCAGGAUCUCAUCAAGCGCUUUGGCCAGCAACAGCAGACCACCCUGCAAGUCACUGUUAACGUCAUCAAAGAGGGCGAGGACCUCAUCCAGCAGCUCAGAGAUUCUGCUAUCUCCAGCAAUAAGGCCCCGCACAACAGCUCCAUAAACCACAUAGAGAGUGUGCUGCAGCAGCUGGAUGAGGCACAGGCUCAGAUGGAGGAGCUCUUCCAGGAGAGGAAGAUUAAACUGGAGCUCUUCCUGCAGCUCAGGAUCUUUGAGCGUGAUGCCAUUGAUAUCAUCUCAGAUCUGGACUCGUGGAAUGAGGAGCUGUCUCAGCAGAUGAGUGAUUUUGACACAGAGGAUCUGACUCUGGCUGAACAGAGACUGCAACACCAUGCAGACAAAGCCCUUACCAUGAACAACCUCACCUUUGACGUCAUUCACCAAGGCCAGGAGCUGCUGCAGUAUGUCAACGAGGUGCAGGCGUCUGGUGUAGAGUUGCUGUGUGAUCGGGAUGUGGACAUGGCUACACGUGUUCAGGAUCUACUGGAGUUCCUGCAUGAAAAGCAGCAGGAGCUGGAUGUGGCUGCAGAGCAACACCGCCGCCAUUUGGAGCAGUGCGUGCAACUGCGCCACCUGCAGGCUGAGGUUAAACAGGUUCUGGGCUGGAUCCGUAAUGGCGAGUCCAUGUUGAAUGCUGGUUUGAUCACGGCUAGUUCUCUCCAGGAGGCUGAGCAGCUGCAGAGAGAACAUGAGCAGUUCCAGCACGCUAUUGAGAAAACCCACCAGAGUGCUCUGCAGGUGCAGCAGAAAGCAGAGACGCUGCUCCAGGCCAAUCACUACGACAUGGACAUGAUCCGUGACUGUGCAGAGAACGUGGCUUCCCACUGGCAGCAGCUAAUGCUCAAGAUGGAGGACCGUCUGAAACUGGUUAAUGCCUCUGUGGCCUUCUACAAGACCUCUGAACAGGUGUGUAGUGUUUUGGAGAGUCUGGAGCAGGAGUACAAGCGGGAGGAGGAUUGGUGUGGAGGGGCAGACAAACUGGGCCCCAACUGUGAGACAGACCAUGUCACCCCUAUGAUCAGCAAGCACCUGGAGCAGAAAGAAGCCUUCCUCAAGGCAUGCACCUUGGCUAGACGAAACGCUGAUGUGUUCCUCAAGUACAUGCACCGGAAUAGUGUCAACAUGCCUGGGAUGCUGAGUCAUGUUAAGGCACCUGAGCAGCAAGUCAAAAACAUCUUAAAUGAGUUACUGCAGAGAGAGAACCGUGUCCUGCACUUCUGGACAAUGAGGAAGAGGAGGCUAGACCAGUGCCAGCAGUAUGUGGUAUUUGAGCGCAGUGCCAAACAGGCUCUUGAGUGGAUUCACGACACUGGCGAGUUCUAUCUAUCCACACACACGUCCACAGGCUCCAGUAUCCACCAUACCCAAGAGCUGUUGAAGGAGCAUGAGGACUUCCAUAUCACAGCCAAGCAAACCAAAGAGAGGGUGAAACUGCUGAUCCAGCUGGCCGAUGGCUUCUGUGAUAAGGGUCAUGCUCACGCUGCUGAAAUCAAAAAGUGGGUGACUGCCGUGGACAAGCGUUACCGAGACUUCUCCCUGCGCAUGGACAAGUAUCGUACCUCGCUGGAGAAAGCUCUAGGCAUCUCUUCUGACUCCAACAAAGCGAGUAAGGAACUACAACUGGACAUUAUCCCUGCCAGCGCCCCAGGCUCAGAGGUCAAACUAAGGGAUGCUGCCCAUGAGCUGAAUGAGGAGAAGCGCAAGUCUGCUCGCAGAAAGGACUUCAUCAUGGCUGAGCUGAUUCAGACAGAGAAGGCCUACGUGAGAGACUUGAGAGAAUGUAUGGAUACAUAUCUAUGGGAGAUGACCAGUGGUGUGGAGGAGAUCCCUCCAGGGAUUGUCAACAAAGAGCACAUCAUUUUUGGCAACAUGCAGGACCUCUAUGAAUUCCACCACAAUAUCUUUCUGAAAGAGCUGGAGAAGUAUGAGCAACUUCCAGAGGAUGUGGGCCAUUGUUUCGUUACCUGGGCUGACAAGUUCCAGAUGUAUGUGAACUACUGCAAAAACAAACCAGACUCCACUCAACUCAUACUUGAGCAUGCUGGAUCCUACUUUGAUGAGAUCCAGCAGAGGCAUCGCCUGGCAAAUUCCAUCUCUUCUUAUCUUAUCAAACCAGUGCAGAGAAUAACCAAAUAUCAGCUGCUCCUCAAGGAACUCCUGACGUGUUGUGAGGAGGGCAAAGGAGAAAUCAAAGAUGGCUUGGAGGUCAUGCUCAGUGUACCUAAGAAAGCCAAUGAUGCCAUGCACCUUAGCAUGCUGGAAGGUUUUGAUGAGAACAUUGAGUCUCAGGGAGAGCUGAUCCUUCAGGAGUCCUUCCAGGUGUGGGACCCAAAGACUCUCAUUAGAAAAGGCAGAGAGAGGCACCUCUUCCUGUUUGAGAUGUCGCUUGUUUUCAGCAAAGAAGUGAAAGACUCCAACGGCAGGAGCAAGUACAUCUACAAGAGCAAGCUGUUUACCUCAGAGUUGGGUGUUACUGAACACGUGGAGGGAGACCCGUGUAAAUUUGCCCUGUGGGUAGGACGAACUCCGACCUCAGACAACAAGAUUGUCCUUAAGCUAAGUCAGGGAUGCAAACAUGGAGCUAUGGCCUCCAGUAUUGAGAACAAGCAAGACUGGAUCAAACACAUACGUGAGGUGAUCCAGGAGCGCACAGUUCACCUGAAGGGGGCACUGAAGGAGCCUAUCCACAUCCCCAAGCCCUCCACAACCAAACACAAGGGCCGCAGGUACAAUCCCAGAGACGGAGAGGACCUGGACAGCCAGGGUGACGGCAGCAGUCAGCCAGACACCAUCUCUCUGGCCUCCCGUACUUCUCAGAAUACACUGGACAGCGACAAGCUGUCAGGAGGUUGCGAGCUGACUGUGGUCAUCCAUGACUUCAUGGGUGGAAACAGUAACGAGCUGACUGUGCGCAGAGGGCAGACAGUGGAGGUGCUGGAGCGGCUCCACGAUAAGCCCGACUGGUGCCUGGUGCGCACCACUGACCGCUCACCCGCUCAGGAGGGCCUGGUGCCCUGUGCCAUGCUCUGCAUUGCUCACUCCCGCAGCAGCAUGGAAAUGGAGGGCAUUUUCAACCACAAAGAUACUCUGUCUGUAUGCAGUAAUGAUGCCAUCCUCCCUGGCUCAUCUGCCACCCUGCAGCCUGGUCAUGUAAUGGGCUCUCAAAGCUCACCUGGACCCAAGCGACCAGGCAACACUCUGCGCAAAUGGCUGACUAGCCCAGUGCGGAGGCUCAGCAGUGGCAAGGCAGACGGGCAUGUCAAGAAGCUGGCUCACAAACACAAGAAAAGUCGCGAUGUCCGCAAAAGCGCAGAUGUGGGCUCCCAGAAAGACUCGGAUGACAGUGCUGCCACACCACAGGACGAGACCAUAGAAGAGAGAGUGCGAAACGAGGGUCUAAGCAGCGGAACACUCUCCAAGUCCUCCUCCUCAGGCAUGCAGAGCUGCGGAGAGGAGGAGGGUGAAGAAGGGGCUGAUUCUGUACCCCUGCCCCCACCCAUGGCCAUCCAGCAGCACAGCCUCCUCCAGCCAGACCCUCAGGACGACAAGCUAAGCAGACCAGAGGCCACUCCCAGACACAAAUUGGAAAGUCUGGAAGGCACAGCAAGGACGUCAUCCCGUAUUUCAGUACGCCCCUCCAGCUCAGAGACGCCUAGUGCUGCAGAAUUAGUCAGUGCCAUCGAAGAGCUGGUCAAAAGCAAGAUGGCUCUGGAGGACCGGCCAAGCUCUCUGUCUGUGGAGCAAGGGGACAGCAGCAGUCCUUCCUUCAACCCCUCAGACAACUCCCUCCUGUCUUCCUCCUCCCCUGUUGAUGAAAUGGAGGAGCGCAAGACAGGCUUCCUCAAGAGACGCCACUAUGUACUGCUGGAGCUGGUUGAGACGGAGAGGGACUAUGUGAGGGAUCUAGGUUUGGUUGUUGAGGGCUAUAUGACCAGGAUGAAGGAGGAUGGGGUCCCUGAUGACAUGAAAGGAAAAGACAAGAUUGUGUUUGGCAACGUCCACCAAAUCUAUGACUGGCACAGAGAUUUCUUUCUGGGAGAGCUGGAGAAGUGCCUUGAAGACCCUGAUCGUCUGGGCUCUCUGUUUGUGAAACAUGAGCGGAGAUUGCACAUGUACAUUGUUUACUGCCAAAACAAGCCCAAAUCUGAGCACAUUGUCUCAGAGUACAUCGACACCUACUUUGAGGACCUGAAGCAGCGUUUGGGUCACAGGCUGCAGAUCACUGACCUGCUCAUCAAACCAGUGCAGAGAAUCAUGAAGUACCAGCUUUUGCUCAAGGAUUUCUUGAAAUACUCCAAAAAAGCUGGACUGGACUCACUGGAUUUGGAGAAAGCAGUGGAGGUCAUGUGCGUUGUACCAAAGCGAUGUAACGACAUGAUGAAUGUCGGCCGACUCCAGGGAUUUGAUGGGAAGAUAGUGGCACAGGGUCGUCUCCUCUUACAGGACACCUUCAUGGUGUUAGACUCUGAUGGAAGCCUGCUGGGCAGGAUGAAGGAGAGAAGAGUCUUCCUCUUUGAGCAGAUUGUUAUUUUCAGUGAACCUCUGGAUAAGAAAAGAGGUUUCUCCAUGCCUGGCUUCCUUUACAAGAACAGUAUUAAGGUGAGCUGUCUGGGGCUGGAGGACAGUGCAGACGGUGACCCCUGUAAAUUUACCCUGACCUCCAGAAUGUCCAAUGGCAGCAUUGAGGCCUUCAUCCUGCACUCCUCCCACCCUGGAGUCCGGCAGGUCUGGACCCUUCAGAUCAGCCAGAUCCUGGAGAGUCAGCGCAACUUCCUCAAUGGUACAAGGGGUGCAUGUCUAGAUUCCUUUGAAUUGCGGACGCUGACGUCUCCCAUUGAGUACCAGAGGAACCAUGUAGGGGGCAGCGCGAGUGCUCCAGGUGGCCCUGCUGUUAGUGGCAGUGGAGGACAAGGCGGAGGGCAGAGCAUAGCUUCUGGAGUAGGUGGGGUAGUUCCAGCAGGGUCAGGCUCCCGCUCACGCCCCUCCCGCAUCCCUCAACCCUCCCGCCUCCCUCAACCUCUCCGCCACCACUCUCCUGCCCUGGGCCCCGGAGCCUGCGACCCCGACGGCCCUGACAAAUUAUCAGAUCCCGACACAGGCCGAGACUCUGCCAAGGUGAAGGUAUCGGACAGCCCUCGGUCUAAACGUGGUGAGCCUUUGGAGAAUGCCUCCAAAGAAAACCGGGACAGCUCGAUUCCCUUAGAUAUUCCUCGAGCAGCUGUACCUCCCCUGGCAUUGGUAAAACCUAGGCCAAGCACCAUCUCACCAAUGGCCACGCCAAUGGCCACCCCAGCCUUCAAAGACUGUCUCCCACCCUGCAGCCCAGGGCCGAAAAGCGGGGGCUGUAUCACCCCGUCCUCUGCCGCCUCCUUCUGGAGCUCCAUGCCUGGCUCCCCGGCCAGCCGACCAGAUUCUUUCACCUUCCCUGGGGAUGCGUGUGACACACUGGGCCGUCAGAAUCAGAACCAAAGCCACAGGCACUCCACCCACAGUAAAGAUGCUGACCGUAUGAGUACCUGCUCCUCCGCCAGCGAGCAGUCAGUCCAGUCAACUCAGAGUAAUGGGAGUGAAAGCAGCAGCAGCAGUAAUAUUUCCACCAUGCUCGUGACACAGGACUAUGUGGCACUGAAAGAGGAUGAAAUUAAUGUGUGUCAGGGUGAGGUGGUUCAGAUCCUGGCCUCCAACCAGCAGAAUAUGUUCCUAGUGUUUCGCGCCGCCACUGACCAGAGCCCCGCCGCUGAGGGCUGGAUCCCUGGCUAUGUGCUGGGCCACACCUCUGCCAGCAUCCCUGACUCCGCAGAGGGAACCAUUAAGAAAUCAUCUUCAUGGCACACAUCCCUUCGCAUUCGGAAGAAGUCAGAGAAGAGGGAGAAGGAAGGGAGGAAGGAGGGCAAGCUGGAAAACGGAUACAGAAAGUCCAGAGAUGGUUUAGCUAAUAAGGUUUCUGUAAAGCUUCUAAAUCCCAAUUACAUCUAUGAUGUUCCCCCAGAAAUGCUUGUUCCGCUGAGUGACGUAACCUGUGAUAAGGGCGAGUGUGUUACACUCAGGUGUAAGGUGUGUGGCCGCCCUAAAGCCACCAUCACUUGGAAGGGACCUGAAGAAAACAUGCUGACCAACAAUGGUCACUUCAGCAUAGCAUACAGUGAGACUGGAGAGGCCACACUUCGCAUUGUGGGUGUUGCGUCAGAGGAUGAUGGCGUCUAUACUUGUAUCGCCACCAAUGAUGUGGGAAGUGUGACGACAUCAGCCAGUCUCAGAGUGUUAAGUCCCUCCAGUGAUGGAAUCCGGGUCAUGUGGAAAGACAACUUUGAGUCUUUCUAUACUGAGGUGGCAGAAUUGGGCAGGGGCCGGUUUGCUGUAGUGAAAAGGUGUGACCAGAAAGGAUCAAAAAGGACUGCAGCUGUCAAACUGGUCAAUAAGAAACUAAUGAAACGUGAUCAGGUCACUCAGGAACUCAGCAUCUUAAAGAGACUACAGCAUCCCCAUAUAGUCUGCCUACAGGACACCUUCGAGACCCCCAGUAGUUAUGCGCUGGUCCUGGAGAUGGCUGAUCAAGGACGUCUGCUGGACUACAUCGUCAGCUGGGGAAACCUCACUGAGGAGAAGGUGGCCUUUUAUCUGCGGGACAUUUUAGAAGCUUUACACUACCUACAUAACUGCAGAAUAGCCCAUCUGGAUGUAAAGCCUGAAAAUCUGUUGGUGGAUCAGAGCUCCUCUCAGCCAAUGGUGAAGCUGACAGAUUUUGGUGACGCAGUACAGCUAAACUCCGCCCACUACGUUCAUCCUCUUUUGGGUAGCCCAGAAUUUGCUGCCCCUGAGCUGGUUCUAGGGGACCCUGUCUCUCUAACCUCUGACCUCUGGAGCCUUGGGGUGGUCACCUACGUCAUCCUGAGCGGAGCUUCUCCCUUCCUGGACGAGAGCGUGGAGGAAACUUGUUUGAACAUCUGCCGGCUAGACUUCAGCUUCCCUGAGGAUUACUUUCAGGGUGUGAGUCAGGCAGCGCGGGACUUUGUGUGCCUGCUGUUGAGGGCAGAGCCUUCCAAACGACCUGCGGCUGCUGCCUGCCUUCAGGAGACCUGGCUGAGGCCAGGGGGCGGCCGCCGCUCAGCCGAGUGCAUCGACACCUCCAGACUCAUCUCCUUCAUCGACCGGCGCAAACACCAGAACGACCUGCGGCCCCUGGGAGGCAUCAGGCCCUUCCUGCACAGCAGGCUACAACCUAGGAUUUAACCAUGCACAUAAGAAAACUACAAAAAAAAGAUAAUCUCAUCCUCUUUCAGUGGCCAGGUGCAAUUCAGAGGACACGUUCAGUCCUCAGCCAAUCGAAGUAUGUGGAAAUGAUCACCUUAGCCAAUGAGAGCCAUGUAGAACACAGUUCUGAUAAAAGCGACAUGUGUGGAUUAACUGUCUUUUUCCAGUCUCCUGCUGCUGGCUGCUGACUGGUCAAAUUUAAUGAAGAUUUCUAAGAGAUUUAAUCAAUGGAAUACAUAUGAACUGUUCCACUCAUUUAAUGGUCAGUGGACUGACUUGUGUGCAAAAAGUGUAUCUGCACAACACUGGCAGAGCUUUUCUGUGAAGAAAGUGAUGCAAAUGAGUCUAGAACCCCCCCCCUUUUUUUUUUUUUUUGCCUGAGCCAGAGGGAGCAAGCAGUUCUUUUACGCUUUUACAGUAUUCAAACUCAAAACAUUUGAGGGAAAAGAAAGCUUCCUGCAAGUGACUUAAAAGAAAUUAGAUCAAAUGUUAUCUAAAAUGUUCAGGUACAUAUCUGAGAGAACACUAUAGUAAUGAAGCAAAAGAAAAUAAUGCUAAGAAAUAAGCCAACAUUAGAAUCUGCUAAACCUCACUGUUUGGCUUCAGCUUCAGAGUUGUAAAGCAGAUUUGUGAGGGCAGAUUCUUUGGAAUUGUUUUAAUUGAAAUCAAAGCUUGUUUGGUCGCCUAGCUUAAGUUGCUUAGUCAAACAAUGAUCAUGCCACAUUUAGCUAUAACAAUUUUAAAAAAGCUGCAAGUGGAACCUCUUAAAGAAAUGUUUUUUAAACAUUUGCUUUAACCAGAACAAAUUGUGUUGUGCAAUUUAAAGAUGUAUAAGCCUUACUUUGUACAUAGUCUGUGUCUGCAGUUUUUCUUAUUUUCUUUUCUUUUUUUUUUUUUUUAAUUUUAUGAUAUCUGUUCAUUAAGAGCAUCCCAGGAUGGGAGAAAUGAACCCCAAGGGAAGAUAGCCAUAGGGCAGCCAAACAUCUGAGUGGCAGUGGACAUAAGAGCUCGAAGGAAGACUGAAUACUGUAAAUGCACUCACAUUGUAUGUUAUGUUCCAGAUUCUUAUCAUGUGCAAUGUUGCAGCUUAAACAGUUUAUGCAACUAUUUAUGAAGCUGUAAUAAAUAUUUAGACAAGCAUGUACUUGGUACUGCAAGUUCUGCUGUUAACUGCGUUUAUUUAACCUGGACUUUAUCUUUAGUUGAGUAUUAUUUCCCUGUCCCACCACAGGGUCAUUGUCUACAUGGCACUUAUACGUUCGUGUCACUUUUUGUUAAUGUCGUUAUUGGUAUACCAAAGCUCGCCAAGCUUUAUGAGACUUUUUUAUUUUCUUUUCCAUAUUUCACUAUUAAGUUAUACAUUAUGAAGCCGUGAGAUUGUUUACAUGUGUUUACCAUAGCUUUUUUGUUUUAAGUUUGAAGAUAAUCCUUCUUGGAUGUUAUUGACAUUUCACAAACUUAACAUCUGCUUUUCUGCACAUUAGUUGGGUGCUCCUGCAGCCCUUUUCCCAAUCGUAAUCAAAACUUUAUUGCUCAGUCUUGGCCAUUUUUCACAUUUUCUCACGAUGACAAGAUGUCCUUGACAUAAAUGUGAAGCCUUUAAAUUAUGAUAUUUAUAUAAGAUCUCACCAUAUAGAUAGUUUUUUAUACAAAUGUAGAUCCUAUGUCAAAGGCCUUGGAUAGUUUUUGGUGACGCAUUGGCUGUUUUCAACAAUUUGACAGAGCAAAAAUUCGCACUGAAUUUUUUUCUUUUGCAGCUAUUCAUCGGUCUGUAGUCUACAGUUUUUCCUCCACUCUUAUGCUUAGAAAGCAUCACCUUAUACAAUUCUCUAUCAUUCAGAUUGUUGAAACUCAAUAGAAUGUGUGAGUGGUGGACAGAGAUUCUUUCCAGUAGGAAGGAACGUGGUGGAGUCAUCUGUAUAGUCACAUAUCAAGUCCUCUAAUUUAUUUGUCAUUGUAAAGUUGUACAGAUGCCGUUACUUCAUAAAUGUUGGACUGGAUGCGUUUAAAUGUUCUGUUAAUUUGAUCUUUUAGUUCCAUUGUAUUUUAAUGUAUGUACGAUCAUUUUAAACUUUUAUUUCAGUUAUUUUAUACUUUUGCAUGUAUAUUUCUUUGUACAGAGACCCUAAGUGUUUACGCAAUAUGUGCUGUAAAUAGUUUCAGUUUUGCCAUCAGUUAUUUUGAAAUUAAACAUACAGAACGUUC